AUGGUUGAGGGUGAUCCGGUGCAGUGCAUAGAGGACGUCUGCGAGCGCAUGAAAUUUGCCGCGCCCAAGGGCAUCGCUGCCCUCAACGGCGAAGCCCAUGGCGGCCUCACCAAGGGCGACAUCGUCGCCCGGAGCGAUGCGCACCCCCGCGGCCGCCUGGUGGUCGUGUACGAGUACGACAAGGACAGCACCAACGACGACUCGCCGUCCGUGGCCGACUGCGAGCAGAUCAUCCGCAACAUCCAGGGGGACAUCAACACUAACUGGACCCAGGAGGUUGUGGACAAGCCCUGGAGGGACCUCAAGGCCAACGGCUGCAAGUUUUCCUUUAGGGCCUCCAAGAGCAGAGGCAACUCGGCCUUCUAUGUUGGUGGACAAAACGUUAUAGACCUCAUCGAAAAAUCUGUCGAGGAUUAUGCCAAGAACGGCAAGGUGUCUGCCAGUGGCCACAUGACGUGCGGAGGGACCGCGGUGAAGCAGUGGACCGAGUGGAAGCUGCAGAAGAAUUAG